AUGGCUGCGAUCACGGCGGUGAACUCCAAGGCAGAGGUGGCGCGGGCCCGGUCGGCCUGGGCCGUCAACAUAUGCGCCGCCCGAGGGCUGCAAGAUGUGCUACGUACCAACUUGGGGCCCAAGGGCACCAUGAAAAUGCUUAUUUCUGGUGCAGGUGACAUCAAACUCACCAAAGAUGGCAACGUACUGCUCCAUGAGAUGCAAAUUCAACACCCAACAGCUUCCUUGAUAGCAAAAGUAGCAACAGCCCAGGAUGACAUUACAGGAGAUGGUACUACUUCCAAUGUUCUAAUUAUUGGAGAGUUACUAAAACAAGCUGAUCUUUACAUAUCUGAGGGCCUGCACCCUAGAAUAAUAGCUGAAGGAUUUGAAGCUGCGAAGAUAAAAGCACUUGAAGUUCUGGAAAAGGUUAAAAUUAACAAAGAGAUGAAAAGAGAAGUCCUCUUAGAUGUGGCUAGAACAUCUCUACAAACUAAAGUUCCUGCUGAAUUGGCUGAUGUGUUAACAGAGGCUGUGGUGGAUUCUGUUUUGGCUAUUAGAAGACCGGGUUAUCCUAUUGAUCUCUUCAUGAUAGAAAUCAUGGAGAUGAAGCAUAAAUCAGAAACAGAUACAAAGUUGAUCAGAGGAUUAGUUCUGGAUCAUGGUGCCCGUCAUCCAGAUAUGAAGAAACGAGUAGAAGAUGCGUUUAUCCUUUCUUGCAAUGUAUCACUAGAAUAUGAAAAAACAGAGGUGAGCUCUGGUUUCUUUUAUAAGUCUGCUGAAGAGAAAGAGAAACUGGUAAAAGCUGAAAGAAAAUUUAUUGAAGAUCGAGUACAAAAAAUAAUAGACCUGAAAGACAAAGUCUGUGCUCAGUCCAGUAAAGGAUUUGUUGUCAUUAAUCAAAAGGGAAUUGAUCCAUUUUCCUUAGAUGCUCUUGCAAAACAUGGCAUAGUAGCUCUUCGCAGGGCAAAAAGAAGAAAUAUGGAAAGACUCUCUCUUGCUUGUGGUGGAAUGGCUGUGAAUUCUCUUGAAGACCUCAGUAUACAUUGUUUGGGGCAUGCUGGUCUUGUACAUGAGUGUACAUUAGGUGAAGAAAAGUUCACUUUUAUCGAGGCCUGUGUUAACCCUCGUUCUGUCACCUUGUUGGUUAAAGGACCAAAUAAGCAUACUCUCACACAAAUCAAGGAUGCUCUAAGGGAUGGACUUCGUGCCAUCAAAAAUGCCAUUGAAGAUGGUUGUGUGGUUCCAGGAGCAGGUGCAGUUGAAGUGGCAAUAGCUGAAGCUCUUGUUAAUUACAAGCAUAGUGUAAAAGGAAGAGCUCGUCUUGGAGUACAAGCUUUUGCUAAUGCCUUACUCAUUAUUCCUAAGGUUCUUGCUCAGAAUUCUGGUUAUGACCUGCAGGAAACUCUAGUAAAAGUUCAGGCUGAACAUUCAGAAUCAAAACAACCUGUUGGCAUAGACUUGAAUACAGGUGAGCCAAUGUUAGCAGCUGAUGCAGGAGUUUGGGAUAACUAUUGUGUGAAAAAACAACUUCUUCACUCUUGCACAGUGAUUGCCACCAACAUUCUCCUGGUUGAUGAAAUUAUGCGAGCUGGUAUGUCUUCUCUUAAAGGGUGAUUGAGUUCAAAACCACCUCUUCUGGAAGCUGAGAUUUAGUAUACCUUAUAUCCAACUACCGUU